UUCAACCGGUCAUUUUUCUUGUUUGGAGGUUUUUUAUGAUAAAAAUGUCACUUUGAAGGUUAAAAGUGCUAGCGAAAAAACUUCAAGGUUUAAAGUGCUAGUAAGUGAGACUUUCAAGGCUUUUUAUGCGAUUUUCUCAAAAAAAAAGUGAAAUAUUUAUUUUUACAACAGCUCGUGUGGAGAUUAAAACGUCUUUUAGAUUCGACUAAAGCGAUCUGAGAGAACCGGCCAGUCAAUUCUCGGAACAGUUUGGUGAAUAAUCUUAUCUUUCUUACUCUCUGUCUUUCUCUCAGGGUUUAGGGUUUAAGGCUCACCAAUAAAUUUUGGAUUCACGCUAACAGAGUCUGAUUCAUUAGAAUCGCUGCUGGGCAUGUUUUAUAUUUUCGAAGAUCACUGAUUCACUUUAGCUUCUGAUAAAUUUACCAGUGAAAUUCCUUUUUAUUUGUUAUAUGAUUGAAUAACUUUAGGCUUUGGAAUCAGUAAAGAUCAAAUUUCACCGCUUUUUCAAAUUAGAUUCCAAUGAAAAUAAAAAUACUAAAAGCUUUUGUCUUACAUGGGUUUACUCUCACUGUCUGGUUUUGUUUUUCAAUCUCAUUGUCUGAUUCUGUUUUGGUCAUAGUAGAACAAAGGCUGAAGGCUUUUUUGGGGGCUUUAUGAUGCUUAAAUCAAAUCAAAAACAGUCGGAAGACCAAGAGGGAGAAGAGAUUUUAUGUCAAUCAUCUUCGAGUUCUUUUGGUGAUUCAAUGUGUGCUCGUGAAGAUGAUGAUGAUGAAGCCGAAUCUAUGUUAAGCAAAGAUUAUCCAUUACCUGAGACUUGUAGUAUUGGUACUGAGGUUUUGGGUCUAAAGAAGAAGAAGCUGACGGAUGAGUGGAGGAGGUUUAGUCAGCCAUUAAUGUGGAGGUGCAAGUGGUUAGAGCUCAAGGUUAAGGAAAUCGAGUCUCAAGCAAGAGGGUAUGAUAAAGAAGUCCAAAGCUACUAUCAGAGUAAACAUUUUGAUUUGGAGAAGUCGAAACCUUAUUAUGGUGAUGAUCAAACUCAGAGAAAGAGUGUUGUUUUCAAGAGAGGAAGAAGGAGACGUGUGGAAGAGACAACAGAUGUUUCUGCUUACAUCUCCAACCAUAACGUUUUCUCUUAUGCCGAAAAGAGGAAGCGAACAACAACUCUUAAACCUCAGUGUCCUGUUCCUGGUGAGACGGGGCGAAAAGCUACGGGCAAGGAAGAUGAUGAUUGUUUUGUUUCUGAGUCACAUUGUUCUGAUGAUCACAUAGGCGAGAUACUGUGUAAGAUUGAUGAGGCGCAGGAUAGAGCAAAGAGAUUGAAGAAGCGUGUUGAUGAGCUGAUGAUGAUGAGCAAGUCUCAUAAUACAUCAUCUAUGCCUCGAACAAUAGCUCGAUCUCGGAGUGACGUUACGGCUCGUAAUCAGAGAGAAGGGACGGUGCAAAUUGGAAGGCAACGUGUAUCUGCUGAUCAUACUGAAGAUGUAUUGAUGAUACCUCAAGCUCCUCCUCCUUUUGAAGUUGAUGGGCAGUUUUUGUUUAACAACUCUCCAAAUCCAUAUGGAGGAUUAAGGUUUCCCACAAUCGAAGAUAUGCUGUUGGAUGGAGAUGAAUAUGAAGGAGAACCGGACAAAGAAGAGCUUGAUCAUUGUUUCAUGAAGCUAAUGAAUGAGUUUGGAGGAGAGACCAUCAUGUCAGAUGAAGAAGAAGAAGAAGAAGAUGUUAUGCCGCCUCACUAAGAGGGCUUAAAACCUCAUCCUCUUACUGAAUAGCUCUCUCUCUAAUGUGUACAGAGCCUUUUGUCCUCAUGCCAAAACCCGUUUUCAUAAAAAGCUCUCGAAUAGUAGUAAUAUUGGUGGUAUAUUAUGUUCAUUCUUCCCUCUCUCUCUAUUAACUCUUUUGUAUUUGGCUUUUUGAGAAUUUUAAGACCAGAAUAGGUUUCAGAGUUUGUACAUGGCAUAAGUGACUUAGAAUUUAGGCUAUUUUCAUUGUUCUAUAUCAUAAGACCCUUUCCGAUUCAUAAAAUUCAAAAUCUUUGUUUGCUUCUCAUGUGGAUGGAGAAUCCGUGGGACUGUGCGCGAGAUUCAAACACACAUAAACAUGUGUAUAUUGGAAGAAAAUAUUUUAAUGAUGUUUUCAUGAUUAAUGGAUACAUAUUAUUUACAAAGAGACAAAUAAACAUGCUAUAUUGUAAGAAAAUAUUUUAGAAAAUUCUUAGCAAAAACAUACAUAUACUUUACAAAAAAAAUAAUAGAAAAUAAGUAAUACAAUCAAGGAAAAAUCUGUACCAAUCUAUAAAAAUUAGAUAGAAUUUUACAAUCAAGAAUAUAUAUAUAUAUAUAUAUAUAUAUUUGCAUAAUCCACAACUAUUAAAACCAAUCAUUAAAAGAAAAUCAAAUUCUACCCAAAUUAGUUUCCCAGUAACCUUCUCUUAGUCACAUGCAGGGGGGGACCUAAAGAAAAAAUUGGAAUGUGGCACAAAUUAGAUUUCUAACAUAACAAAAUAUUUAAACUAAAAGUUGUAAUGUGUUUUAGAAUUUGAUUAUGGAACAAUGCCCGAUUUGAGCUCAAGCACAAAAAGUAUGGAUUUAAGAACCAUAACUAUUAGGUAUUAUUUGAUUUUUGUUUUGAAAAAAAUAUAUUUGUUAGUCUACUGGUAAUGUUGUUCAAAUAUGGUUGUCAUUCAAGAAUCAAGAUAAUUUUCAAAUAUUAUUUUGAUUUUUAGCUCAUUACUUGUUAACUAUAUUUCAAAUUUGUUUGUGGCCUUCUGUUCUUCAAAUUACAGACGUAUAACAUACAGAUUAUAAUCGGUCAAAAAACCUAAUAAACGUGAAAAAUAAAAAUAAAAUGAAAAGUUAAAAUGAAAAAGGAAGGGCAGA